CAGCUUCGGCGACGCGAGCAUCGAAGGAGAAGAAGAAGAGAAGAAGAGAAGAAACUUUUCGGCGGCGCUGAGGUAAACUAACACGAUGACGGAAGAGGUUCCCGCCGCGCCUGUGGCCGCGCUCCCGGCCGUCAAGGCGCCCGCGAAGAAGGCGAAGAAAGCGGCAGGAGGCGCUGCCAAGGCUCGGAAGCCGGCCGGCCCCAGCGUGACGGAGCUGCUCACCCAAGCCGUGUCGGCUUCCAAGGAGCGCGGCGGAGUCUCCCUCGCCGCCCUCAAGAAGUCCUUAGCGGCCGCCGGCUACGACGUGGAGAAGAACAACAGCCGCAUCAAGUUGGGCCUCAAGAGUUUGGUCACGAAGGGCACGCUUGUCCAGACCAAAGGCACCGGCGCCUCCGGCUCGUUCAAGCUGAACAAGAAGCAGGCCUCCUCGGAGGGCAAGGAGAAGAAGGCCGCCCCCAAGAAGAAGGCCGCCGUCUCCGCCGCCUCCAAGGCCAAGAAGCCCGCCGCCAAGAAGCCCGCCUCCGCCGCCAAGAAGGUCAAGAAAGCCGUCACUCCCAAGAAGAGCGUCAAGAAAGUCACCAAGAAGCCCACCUCGGCGGGAGCCAAGAAAGCGCCCGCCAAAAGCCCCGCCAAGAAGCCCAAGGCGGCCGCCGCCAAAGCCCGCAAGCCCGCCAAGAGCCCCGCCAAGGCCAAGGCGGCCAAGGCCAAAGCCAAGCCCAAGACCCCCAAGGCUAAGGUGGGCAAGGCCAAGAAGGCGGCGCCCAGGAAGAAGUAAAGAAGAGAGCGAAGGAGAAUGAGGAAGAAGGCGCGGAGGAGAGCGGUUGGUUCGUCCUUUAAACCCCAAAGGCUCUUUUAAGA